AUGUCUUUUAGAUCCGCUUCUAUCCGUUUGGCCCGCCAGGCCUCGGCUAACGCCGCUAAGCAAAUUGCCACCAAGAGAGCUCUCUCUGCUUUGGCUACCAGAACCACCAUCCCAAAGUUGGCUAAGUCUGCUGCUCCUUUGGCUACCCGUGGUGUUAAGACCAUCAACUUCGGUGGAACCGAGGAGAUCGUCCACGAGCGUGCCGACUGGCCAAGAGAGAAGCUCCUUGAGUACUUCAAGGACGACACCUUGGCUUUGAUCGGUUACGGUUCUCAGGGUUACGGUCAGGGUUUGAAUUUGAGAGACAACGGUUUGAACGUUAUCAUCGGUGUCAGAAAGGACGGUGCUUCUUGGAAGGCUGCCAUUGAGGACGGUUGGGUCCCAGGUGAGAACUUGUUCGACGUCAACGAGGCUAUCGAGAGAGGUACCUACGUUAUGAACUUGUUGUCUGAUGCUGCUCAGUCUGAGACUUGGAGCACCAUCAAGCCAUUGAUCACCAAGGGUAAGACUUUGUACUUCUCCCAUGGUUUCUCUCCAGUUUUCAAGGACUUGACUCACGUCGAGCCACCAACUGAUGUUGAUGUUAUCUUGGCUGCUCCAAAGGGUUCCGGUAGAACCGUGAGAUCCUUGUUCUUGGAGGGCAGAGGUAUCAACUCUUCUUACGCCGUCUGGAACGACGUCACUGGCAAGGCUGAGGAGAAGGCCAUUGCUUUGGCUGUUGCCAUUGGUUCUGGUUACGUUUACCAGACCACCUUCGAGAGAGAGGUCAACUCUGACUUGUACGGUGAGAGAGGUUGUUUGAUGGGUGGUGUCCACGGUAUGUUCUUGGCCCAGUACGAGGUCUUGAGAGAGAACGGCCACACCCCAUCUGAGGCUUUCAACGAGACCGUUGAGGAGGCCACUCAGUCUCUUUACCCAUUGAUUGGUAAGUACGGUAUGGACUACAUGUACGAUGCCUGCUCCACCACUGCCAGAAGAGGUGCUUUGGACUGGUACCCAAGAUUCAAGGAUGCCUUGAAGCCAGUUUUCCAGGACUUGUACGAGUCUGUUAAGAACGGUUCCGAGACCCAGAGAUCUUUGGACUUCAACUCUGCUCCAGACUACAGAGAGAGAUUGGAGGAGGAGUUGGAGAUCAUCAGAAACAUGGAGAUCUGGAGAGUUGGUAAGGAGGUCAGAAAGUUGCGUCCUGAGAACCAGUAA